GGUAUUUAUCCUCUAAAAUUGAGAACAAAAAGGAAUAGUUUGGAAUCGGAAGAAACAGGGACAUAUUUGCACUAUCUGGAAAAAUAAGUCAGUUGGCGCAUAACGAAGAAACUCUGCUUUUUCUUACCCGGGUGUGACCAAACAAGCUGCCAAGAUGUCUGAGAAAAAGAUGUCCACCUCCCGAAAGCAUAAUCUCAAGAGCUUGAUGCUCUCGAUUGCUAAGAAUUUGCUGCAGGCAGAGAAAACGCAGCUUGAAGCAGACAGGAUCAAGUAUAUGGAUGAAAACUGCCCUGCACUGUCCAUGCCUGGAUCUAUGCAAGACCUGCAGGAGCUGUGCAAAAAGCUCCACCAUCAGAUUGACAAGGUGGACGAGGACAGAUACGACUUAGCGGCCAAAGUGGAGAAGGGCAAUAAGGAGAUUGAAGACCUAAAGAUUAACGUACAGGACCUGAAGGGCAAGUUCAAGAAGCCGGCCCUGAAGAAGGUGCGCAUGUCUGCCGAUGCCAUGCUGAAGGCUCUGCUGGGCUCCAAGCACACGGUCAACAUGGACCUGAGGGCCAACCUGAAGCAAGUGAAGAAGGAGGUCAAGGAGGAGGAAAAAGAAGCAGUUGGUGAUUGGCGCAAGAACAUCGAGGACAAGGCUGGCAUGGACGGCAGGAAGAAGAUGUUUGAGUCCGAGGCUUAAAUGGUUUUAUCAUCUCUGGCCUGAUUGUUUCCAAUAGGUUUUCCGUCUGGCUACAUAAAGCUCUCAAACUGAACUCUCUCUUAUUGUCUGUGACCUCUGAGCCUUUUUCUCGGUCGGAUGUAGAGGAGCGGGGAGGGUCAGUGGUGGAAGUUGGCAACUAUUGUGACUCUGCAGGUUCUCUGGUCCUUAACUCCUUAUGGCCUCAGGUUGUAGACAGGAAUUUUGUGGGAAGCAGUUUUAUAAUGUGUUUCCUGAGGUAUUUCAACUCUAGACUUAAUAAAAGGUUUUACUGCAA